AUGGUUAUAAUCUGGAUCUUGUUGCUCAGUUGUUUCGAUCUUGGUCGGCAGGUAUCCUGGGCUAAGGGUUUGUCCGCUACUGCUAAAGUGCCUUGUGCCGGAGGCAAACUGUGCGACCCCAGGCUGAGAAGAGAUGCGGGGGGACGCGGCGGGGUCUACGAACACCUCGGAGGUGCGCCUCGACACCGGAAGCUUUAUUGUGCCACUAAGUAUCACCUGCAGAUACAUCAGAACGGCAAAAUUAAUGGAACACUCGAGAAGAACAGCAUCUUCAGUAUUCUAGAAAUAACCGCGGUGGAUGUGGGAAUUGUCGCCAUCAAAGGGCUGUUCUCUGGGAGAUACCUGGCUAUGAACAAAAGAGGGAGACUUUACGCCUCAGAGACCUACAAUCCAGAAUGUGAGUUUGUCGAGAGGAUCCAUGAACUCGGAUAUAAUACAUAUGCAUCCCGAUUACACAGGACAGUUCCAAACGGAGCUGGAACAAAACGCAAGGCCAGUGCGGAAAGACUCUGGUAUUUGUCAAUCAAUGGAAAAGGACGACCCAGAAGGGGCUUUAAGACACGGAGGACUCAAAAAUCCUCCCUUUUCCUGCCAAGGGUACUGGACAAUAAAGACCAUGACACAGUGAGAUUAUUUCACACAAAUAUAAAGCAUAGAGAAAAUAUUCCAAAGUCACAGAAAAACAAUGGAAGAAAGAGAAGAGGACAUUGAAGAGACUUGAGUUAUGAUGGGAAGUCUUCUGUACUUGUGACAUUUUGUAGAGCCUAUCAUGGAUUACCUCAAUUUUAGGACUAUGUAUUCCAUUGGUUUCUUCAUGGUACAUGGAUGCUUAAUAAUUUAUUCUUUUGUCUGCUCUCAUGGCAGACCCAGUGG